AUGUCCGAAUCCCCUCCGCCGCCCUCGCCGUGGAGCAUCGGCAACAUGACCAACAGCGCCGUGCAGUUCCUUCGACUGCCGGUCCUGGCCUCAUCGGGCCUGGCAGUGGUCGCCAGUGGCCUCCUAUACUUUAAGCAGAACGAAUUGAUAUACCCGCGCAACGUCCCCGUCGAUGCACGAACGAAUGUUCCGAGCCCGCGGCAAUUCGGCAUCAGUGACUUUGAAGACCUGCAGAUCCCCACACCGGACGGGGAAACCCUCCAUGCGUUCUUCCUGCGCCCGCCCAAGAGCCGUUAUCGGCGCAACUUGACGGUGAUAAUGUUCCACGGGAACGCUGGUAAUAUCGGCCACCGUGUGCCGAUCGCCAAGGCGAUCCAGGAUACGCUGCAUUGCAACGUGUUCAUGCUUGAAUAUCGCGGGUAUGGACUGUCGACGGGCAUGCCUGAUGAGGCUGGCUUGAAGAUUGAUGCUCAAACCGGGCUGGACUAUCUGCGACAGCGCGCCGAGACGAGGGACUCAAAGCUUGUCGUCUACGGGCAGAGUCUGGGUGGUGCCGUAUCUAUCAAUCUGGUUGCGACCAAUCAAGAACAGGGUGAUAUUGCGGGUUUGAUUCUGGAGAAUACGUUCUUGAGUAUUCGCAAAUUAAUCCCCAAUGUGUUCCCACCGGCACGAUACCUGGCUCGUUUCUGCCACCAAUAUUGGACAAGCGAGGAUAUAAUCCCCAAGAUCUCCAAAAUCCCGAUUCUUUUCCUCAGUGGACUGAAGGAUGAGCUUGUGCCGCCAUCCAAUAUGACUCAAUUAUUCUCUGUGUGCCAGUCGGAAACCAAGAUCUGGCGCUCACUGCCAAACGGAGGUCACAAUGACUCCGUGGCUGAACCGGGCUACUUCGAGCACAUUCACUCUUUCAUUACCGAAGAGGUUAUGAGCGAGUAG